AGUUUAUUGAAUGAAUAGGAAAUAAUAUGGCUGCCUAUCCUUCUUUCAUGUAGCCGACAAGUUUCCACCUUAAAGAUGACCAAAGCCAAUGAUUUUGCAAAAUACACAUGCAUCUGAGUUAUGUAUUCGCUCCGUCGAUGAAUUAUGAAAAUGUGUGAUAUCUGUGCGGAUUUCUUGGAGCUUCUCCAAACUUAUGAGGAAAAGAUUGCAAAUGAAAAUGAAGAAAGGCCAUUUUUACAGAAGAGUGAACUGGAAGUGGUGCUACAAUAUGUACAGUCAUGGACUCAGAGGCAGUGCAUGUGCUGCUUCCGUGAAGCUAAAAACUACGAGAGGUUUGGUGCCAUCACUCAAAGUAUUGUCCUUAUGGCCAUAAAACAACUGCGGGACUUAAAAGAUGAUUUGUCUCUAAAGCUGAAAGCUGAUAAGUCUUCUGAAACACCUGAAAAGAAGCAAGAUGUAUCAGAUGCUGCAGAGAAAUCUGAAGAUAAAAAAGUAGAAGAUAAUUCUCUCUUAACUUCAGAGCGGUCCAUACCAGUUGUAAAUGGUGAAAAGAGUGCAGAGGGUACUACUGAUGUAAAGAAAGAUCAGGUAGACCAAAAUUACUCUGGCUCAGACAAGAUACCAUCUUCCUGCAACCCUCAAUCUAAUCCUCAAGAGAAGACUGACACCUCUAGUAAGACUGACAAUUUGAAGCCUGUAGUAAAUGAAGACCAAAACAAAUUAAAUGUCCAAGAAAAAUGGAGUUUUGAAGAAAUAGAAAAACUGCUGAACUUUGUUUCAAAGGUGUUUUUGUUAAAUUUUCCUCUUUAUGUAGUUUACAAGCACAGCUUGCAGGCCAAGCUGGAGGAGGUCAGCACUCAGGAAAUGAACUCAAUAACAGUUUUCUGCGACCUUCAUGACACUGAAAUCCCGCUCCAUUUAUUCCGCAAUGUUUGUGUCUUCUGUCGAGCUGGUGGCAUGCUUGCCAUGACGCAGCUCUUUGAGCAAGUUGAAGGCAUGCAGUUGCUUCCAGUAUCCAUUUCUCAUGCUCUGAUUGCAAUUGUAUGCAAUUUAAAGUUGUGGCUCAAUUUUCGCUCUGUAGUGCAACUGUUUGUUCCUUUGCGUGCAAAAGUCAUGCGAUAUAUGUGCAGUCUAUCUGACAAGGAGCUGCGGCUGCCUAGUAUUCGCACCAUGGCAGAUUUUAUGUGGAGUGCAGUGAAGGAUCCAAUGGAUUCUCCUGUUACAUUUGAUGUUGAUGGCCUCAACUUAGCAUUUAAGUAUUUCACUAGCCCUACCCUGACCAUGCGCCUGUCAGGUAUUGCACAAAUAAAUAGUCAUAUAACUUUAUUUAAUGAGGUGUGCAACAACGAAAAUAUAAUUGAGAUUGAAAAUGUGGGACAGAAAUUGUCUGAGUGGUUGAUAGAAAAUCAAAUAAUUGCUCAUAUCUUUGGGCCCAAUUUGCAUGUGGAAGUGAUUAAGCAGAGCCAUAUGAUUUUAACUUUUCUUGCAAUGGAAUGUCGCAUUACGAAUGAACACAUUGACAUUAUUUGGCAAGCUGCUCAGUUAAAACAUUGUAGCCGUCAAGUACAUGAUCUUCUACCACCACUCAUCAAGCAUUUGGAAGUUGGUCCAGUGUUGCACCUGUACUCAUUGCUCUGUCGUUUAGAGCCAAAAGAGCACAGUGAACAGAGUCUGUACUUAGCAUCUGCCCUUAUAAAAUUUAUUUGGUCCAGUAGCACUGGCACAAACCCACUCCAUGGCACAUCUCAUGUGGGCCACUUACAUGGUCAUAAUCACGGUCAUGUCCAUGGGCUCCUGUCAACCGAUGGUGUAGUUGGUAGUGCAGCUGGACUCCUUGGACUUGGUGGGCUCACAGACCUUAGUAAAGUGCCCAUGCCUGGUUUGGAUUGCCGUGUUGUGUCAUCACCUUUCAGUAGCUGUGACAAUAGUGCCAGUAUGGAACCCUCAAAUUCGGAUGAUGAUCAGGGGGAAAGUUCUGCACAGAGUGAUGGACACAAAAGUCAAAGUGAAACAAGUGAUGGUCCAUCACCUUGUAAACAACCACGCAAGCAUAGGAAGCAUGUGAGACACCGUCACAGCACGGGCAAUGGUGAAGAUUCUUCUGAUGACAGUCUAAAGAUUGAAGAUUUGGAUGAGGAUGAAGAAGAAGAAGAGGAGGAGGAGGAUGAGGAUCAUUCCACUGCUGUGGUUUCUCCCAAAGCAAUGUCCCAUGCACCAAAGCCUGUUGAUCUGUCAGAAAAAACAAAAUUAAUUGGGAAAAAUGAUCUUGAGGGGAAAGAAUUAAGGGCUGAAAUUAGUGAUAGAACAUCAGCAAAAAUGGACAAAGAUCCUGAAGAAUCUACUUUAACCAAUAAACUUAACAGAGUAGGAAAAUGUAGCGACAAUGACAUGGAUGCUGAUGUAGAAGAUGAAGUAGUGCCUGGAACCACACAUGGAACCAAUAAGAGGAAAAGAAUAGUUUAUCCUGGAAGGAAGCGCCCGCGAAAAGCAAUUUCAGGCAAAACUCGUAAUGUUGAAAAGAUGAAAUCUGACAAAGGCAUGGAAGUGAUGAUGUGCUAUGAAGAUGAGCUGGAUGAAGAGGAUGAUGAAGAAACUGGCACCGAUGCUGAUGAUGACUGCAGUAAUAUGAGUACUUCUAUGAGAGAGUCUCCUGCAGAAGCUACCACACCUGAAAAGAGUGCAAAAGCACUUGACUUAAUAAGACAACACAUGGGCCAUGACCACCAUCCAGACGCUUCUCUGACGCAGGGUGCAGUCAUGACUGAGUUAGCAAGCCUUGUAGAGGGAAGUCAAUACACAUCUCCUCAUGAAAUCCAUGAGUGUCGCCCUUUCAUAAAAUCAUUUCCACAGCGGCUCCUGGCUGGAUGCUUGCCCACCUGGCACUUUUCUGCUAGAAGACUUGACAUGAUGGAUGAUCUGCUUAGCGAACCAGAGGGAAGCUACUCGUCCCGGAUGAGCACCAAGUCGGAGAAAAACCUGGCUGACUUCGAAGGGGAAGAAUCCAACUGUGAUGAAGAGCUGGCUCAACUAGCUGCAAGAGCCCAUCAACUUUCACAGAUGGGCAUGCAGUGCUUCAAUCAACAUUCUCCUAAGCUUUGCAACCGAUUGGGAAUCCGUGAAGGUGCACGAGACCAGCGUCUCCGCUCUCAAUUUGAUAUGGAAUGUGUUUGCAAGCCUGGCAGUACUUUGCUGUGGGAUCUUCUUCAAGAUGAUAAAAUUGGUCAACUAGGGGAAGGUCUUGCCAUUGAGGCAGAGAAAGCCCUCUCCAACCUCUUGUGUUUUAACACUGAAAGGCUAAUUCGCAUGAAAUUCAUUGAAGGAUGUCUACAGAAUAUAGCCAAUAACUGGUCUGUGGUGGUUUCUCUACGGAUGCUACCUAAGUUGUUAACAUCCUUUCAACAUGUGAGGAACAUGGACACACACCAAGUCGCCAUGUGGGCUGAACAAGAGCACAGCAUGAUGGAACAUUUCUUUGCCAACCUUGAACACUAUACAAAUCAGUGCAAUAAGGAGGGUCUCUCAGAGUCACUUUAUUCGCACCAAGUUCAGAUCCAAGUUAGGCUCCAAUUCCUCACUUCCCUAUUCUCACCUCAUGGUUCACCUAUGGCAUUUAGGUUAACUGUCAACCAGCUUGAUGUUCUCUGGAAAUGUUUGGCAACUGAUGAACAUUGCUCUGAUGAGCUCUUUGCAUGGCUAUUGAGGCAAUCAAAAAGUAAAGACUUACAUGCUCUAAGCACGGAGUCACUCAAGCAUUUGUAUUUGCAUAAGCUUCCCUCUUUGCCACCAGAUACGAUAAGUAUGACCGCUCUUAGUUUAUACCAGCAACUGUGCAACAUGGCACGUGUAGCCGCUCAACAUUUUGAUUCUGAACCAAUUGGCAUGGAGUACCUGUGGAAGAUAGCUCUUCGAGCCAACAACACUGAUGUUAGCAUGGCUGCCAUCCAGUACUUAAAUUGUUAUUACAUGGGAAGACAACUUGAACAAGAAUGUGAAUUUGUUUCUCAAUGCAUGGCUCACUUAGUAGCAGCCACAGCUGAUUUGGCUACUGCUGAGGAAGCAAGCCUUCUUUGCAUUCAAAGAGCUCUGUUGCUUUUAAAGACACAUCUCGAGACAUUCAGAAAACGGUAUGCUUACCAUUUGAGGCGCUGGGCUUUGGAAGGCAGAGGAGUUGGCAGUCACGUCCAACUUUUGAGUGGUGAACGCGGCUGUCAGACCAUAAAAGUGGUCAUACAACCGGCUGGUGUGGCUGAAAAAGUGACAUUAGAACUCCUCUCCAGUGAUUAUAUUGCAGAUUUACGUGCAGAAGUUGCCAAGUGGUGGGAAUCUGUUCAACCAUCCCCUGCAUUGGGUACAUUGUUAUCUGAAGGGCCUUUGCGCAUGAUCACUCAAGGUCAAGAACUAAUUACGGACUUUGAUGAGAAGACUCUUCAAGAAAUGGGCUUCAAGGACAUGCAGAUGGUCUUCAUCUCAAUGGGUGCCUCUAGGCCGCAGAAGAAGAGAGAUUCUAUUGAUUCACCAUCAGUUCUGCCACCUCCACCUAGGGAAUGCUUACCCACAUUGUUACUACUUCAACCUCAGUACUUUGAGCACCUCUUCACGCUCAUGCAGACAUUAAGCAGCAUGAAGACGUCUGACAAAGGAGGGAAACAGAUUCCUCAUACUAAGGCUCAGGUGCUUUCCAGAAGAGUAUGGGAUAUUCUCACUCUGCUUCCAACCAGUCCAACUCUCAUGAGAGGUUUUGAGUCAUUGGGGGAGCUUGUUGAUGAUGGGAAGAAUGGAGAGUCAGGAGAGCGACCAUCACUAGAAACAUUGCUUGAUCCAAGCAGCCCACAGAAACUCAUGUAUUCAUUGUAUAUUGUUGAGAGCUUAAGCAGAUCCAGUGGUUCCAUUUCAAGUGCUAAGAACAACGUGAAACUCAGUGAAGGCGAGAAUGAAGCACCUACUUGUGUCAAUGGAAAAGGAUCUUCGAGUCGCUCCUGGAGUCAGGUGUAUGUGAAGCAUGGAGGACUUCGUCACCUUUUUGACAUCUUUAUGUCCGGUGUUCUGCAGCGGUCAGGUGGUGACGGUAGUGAAUGGCAGCAGGACUGUCUGGCAUGUCUUCUCAAGUUAUUGUGCCAUCUAGGAAUGGCACACCCCGAGGAAAAUGAGAGGGAGCGUUCCUUUGAGUCACAAUCAGACUCGAAGGAAACAGUGAGAGGCACAAAGAAGCAACGAAGGAUGAGGAAGAGCAGUGCAGAAAAGUUAGUAGUGCCCAAACUAAAUGAUACCAUGCUUCAAAUGAUGAAGGUUGAUGUGGUUAUGCCACAACUUACCACCAUUUUGCACGAGGCAUCAUUACCAAGAGAUCCAAACCAUUACAAAACUGGUUUUUGGGGCCGAGCUCAAGUUGUGCAUUAUGCCAUGGCUUUGCUGGUAUCUUGGGUUCAUUCGGAGGAUGGAGCCAGGCAAGCACUCUUUCAACAGCCUUACUUUGCUUCUUGGCUCCAGAGAUUGGUCCUGGAGGAUCCAGAGCCUGCUGUGAGAAGAGAAGUGUGCACUGCUCUGUACAGACUCUGCCUUGGAUCUCCAGGGAGUCACAGUAGCAGUUCAUCAGCGCCUACUAUCAGUGCUCCAAUGCUAGCCCAGCUGUUGCAAUUCCUACCGAUUGCUGAAUGCAUGCGCCCACCAAGAAUGGAGAACCAUCCAGAAGAUGGGAAGGAGCCUUAUGGACCAGCUUGCAGGGAUUACUUUUGGCUUAUGUGCCGCCUUGUGGACAGUCUUCCUGAAGAGUUUGUUCGAGAAAGUAUUGACGAUCCCAAUAAUUGUAUUUUUGGAAUUGAUGGUCUUGCAAGACAGUUAGUGCUGGCUGUACUUCGAAGAGACUUCCUUGAAACCCGACAUAACACAAUAGAAGAUGAUGGCUUGGUUGGUCUUUUGAACCUUGCAACUGUAACAUUCAAGCACCGACCUCCUUUGGCUUCCAGCAAGGAAGGACAAGAGUUUUUAUCAGAGGUCUUUGAAUUUCUCUUUGCCCUACCCAAUCCAAAGAAGAGGCACUUUCCGAAAUGCAAAUCCCAAACUUCACGCUCAGCAGCUUAUGACCUUUUAGUUGAGCUUGUUAGGGGCUCUCCAGAAAACUACCAUAUACUUCAUGAGAAACUUCUUGAACAGCACAAACCAGGUCCUCACUCACCAUAUCCCUGGGACUAUUGGCCCCAUGAAGACGGUCGGUCAGACUGUGGCUAUGUAGGUCUUACUAAUCUUGGAGCAACUUGUUAUAUGGCUUCAUGCAUGCAGCAUCUCUAUAUGAUGCCCCAAGCUCGUACAUCCAUCUUGGAAGCCUUGCCAACUAAUAGCAAGCAUGAGCAAACGCUUCGUGAGCUACAAAGAAUGUUUGCGUACUUGUUGGAAAGUGAAAGGAAAGCUUACAAUCCACGCAGCUUCUGUAAGGUGUAUACCAUGGACCACCAACCACUUAAUACUGGAGAGCAAAAGGAUAUGGCAGAAUUUUUCAUUGACCUAGUUUCCAAACUGGAAGAGAUGACACCAGAACUUAAAAAAUUAGUCAAAUCUCUUUUUGGUGGUGUAAUCAGCAAUAAUGUUGUAUCUUUGGAUUGUGAUCAUGUCAGUCGCACUGUUGAGGAGUUCUACACCGUUAGGUGUCAGGUUGCUGAUAUGCGCAACCUUUAUGAAUCUCUUGAUGAGGUUACUGUGAAAGACACUUUAGAAGGUGACAAUAUGUACACCUGUUCUCAGUGUGGGAAGAAAGUUCGUGCUGAGAAAAGGGCGUGCUUUAAGAAACUUCCUCAUAUUAUGUGUUUCAAUACCAUGAGGUACACAUUUAACAUGGUUACAAUGCUGAAAGAAAAAGUAAACACCCACUUCUCUUUUCCUAUGAGAUUAGAUAUGUCUGGCUAUGUUGAACAGAAAUUAAUGCCACACCGCUACCAAGAAGAAAAAAAGAAAGCCAAGCAGCAGAAAAUGGAGCAGGCGCUUGGUGACGGCCAGCAGGCUGAGAACUGUGACCAAACCAAUAAGGCUGAAAACUGUGAUUCAGAGAAUGAAGAAUUCAGGGAAAGAUAUGAUUAUGAUCUCAUUGGAGUUACUGUGCACACUGGAACUGCAGAUGGCGGCCACUAUUACAGUUUCAUCAGAGACCGUACAACACCUAACAAGGACAAGUGGUUCUUCUUCAAUGAUGCAGAAGUGAAGCCAUUUGAUCCAAACCAACUUGCCUCAGAAUGUUUUGGAGGAGAAAUGACGAGCAAGACCUAUGAUUCAGUCACAGACAAAUUCAUGGACUUCAGCUUUGAGAAGACAAACAGUGCAUACAUGUUAUUUUAUGAGAGAUGUAGUUUGCCUGAGGCGGAGCGUCGUUUCUCCAAAGAAAGUGAUGUAGAUGCUCCGGAAACAUCAUCACAAGCCAAUCAAAGUCCACCUCCUGCUUCAAAUUCUUGUGAUGCAAUGGCAUCAUUUGAACUCAACAAAGAACUAGAAGACUGGAUAUGGCAAGAUAACAUGCAUUUCCUAAGAGAUAAAAACAUUUUUGAGCACAAUUACUUCAAUUUUAUGUGGCAGAUUUGUGGUUAUAUCCCUCAAACUCUGAUCAGUCUGCAGUCAGAUAUUACAGAAAUGGCAGCCCAACUUUCCACAACCUUUUUCUUAGAAACAUUUAUACAUGCCAAAGAAAAGCCUACAAUGGUGCAGUGGGUAGAACUUUUAACCAAGCAGUUCAAUGCAUCCCAAGCAGCUUGCGAGUGGUUUUUGGAGCAUGUAGCUCAUAAUGAUUGGUGGCCAGUUCAGAUUCUCAUAAAGUGUCCCAACCAAAUGGUUCGUCAAAUGUUUCAGAGGCUUAGUAUACAUGUUAUUUCACAGCUUAGGUCGAGUCAUGCUCCUCUGUACUUGAAAAUGGAUUCUGAUGAUGAUGGGUCUGAAGAAAUGGACCCAGACAAAAUUGGGUAUUUGUCUUGUGUCACUAAAUUCAUUCGUAUGUUGCUGUCGCUAAUGGAACAUGGUGCCAAGACGCAUCUGAAGCACUUGACUGAGUACUUUGCCUUAUUUUUGGAGUUCAGUAAAAUGGGUGAAGAAGAAUGCCAGUUUUUAAUAUCUGUUCAUGCAAUUUCUACUAUGGUCAAUUUUUAUCUUGGACAGAAAAGUCAUGAAUAUGUGGAGGUUGUAAGUGAAGAAGAAGAUGAUGAGGAUGUAACUCCCUUGCCUACCGACAAAUAUAAACCUGCAUCUUUAGAAAAGAUGAUAACUCUUGUUGCUACACUAGUUGAAAAGUCUCGUGGCUUAGACCGGAAUCUGCAGUUGUCAACUCUUGACUUCAAUGCUUUUGCUGGAGGAAAAGGAUUUCCAUUCUUAUAUCAGCAAAUCAAAGAUUGUAUAAACCUUCAACAAACACGCAAUCUUAUCCAUUCAUUAUGCCGAUGGAAUGAACGUCUUGCUCAACACAUAGUGGGAAUGAUCUUCCAAGCCAUCAUGAAGCAUUCAGAGAUAUGCCAGCCGUUCUUCAAAAUUUUAACUUUGUUAGUGGAAACUAAUGGCACUCCUACUGGCCUCCCUUGCUUCUCUCAGCUAGUGCUGGCACGCAUUUGGGAUGUUGCCGAAUAUUGCCCUCAGGCAACUUUAGAGUGGUUAUCUGCACAAGUACCUCGUAACAAACUUGUUCACAAUUGGGUCCUUCAAGGAUUAGAUACUUGGGUGGAACAUUUUCUAAUUGGGCACAACAACCAACGAGUUCGCUCUGCCGCUGCAUAUUUGUUGGCAUCAUUGGUGCCUAAUCAAACAUUCCGACAAGGCUUCCGCACGGCUCGCCCCAUGCCAAGUCAAUACAAAGAGAUACUGAAUUCCCCUGAAGCUUUGUCGGUACUACAUAAAGUAUUGGGAGUUCUGUUCCGUCUUCUCAAACCUGCUCGGCACUAUGCUGACUGUCAAACCCAUGGAACAAACAAAUUGACUGCAUAUUUCACUCUGUUCUCCUAUUGUUGUGUUUCAAAUGAUGAAAAGCUUAUGCUGCAACCAUAUUUCAUGGAUCUGUGGAACCUUUUCCAUCCCAAAUUAUCAGAACCUGCUGUCCCCAUUCACCACAACAAACAGGCUUUGUUGCUUUUCUGGCAUCAUGUUUCUGAAGGUUGCCCUAAAAAUGUUGAGUCCAUCUUAAACAAUGCUUCAAUCUUAAAAAAUAUAGCCUUCAACUAUAUACUAGCGGACCAUGAGGAUCAAGAAGUGGUUCUGUUCAAUCGGACCAUGUUGCCAGCUUACUAUGGCCUAUUGAAGCUCUGCUGCCUACAAUCUCGCUCUUUCACACGCCAGUUGGCAGCACAUCAAAAUGUCAACUGGGCGUUAAAGAAUAUUACCCCUCAUCCCACACAAUAUACCUUGGCGGUUGAAGAAUUAUUCAAAUUAAUGGAGCUGUUUGUGAUGAAGCAUUCAGACAGUACAGAGCAAGAUAUUCAUGAAAUUAAUACAUUCCGUAAACAUACCAUCCAACUCUACUUGCAGAUUCUAGAUGGGCGCUCAAUGUGGGCAACAUUAAUUCAAGCCUAUAAGAUACUAGUUGAAAAUGAUGAGGAUCGAUUAACUAUAUUACACCACAAUAAUGGACUUCAGAUGUUCUUUGAGGCAUUCCACACAUUGCAUGUGAUGUACCAUGAGGCGACAGCUUGCCAUGUGUCAGGUGAUCUUUUGGAAUUGAUGACGGCUCUUCUUGAACUCCUUAAAUGUCUUCAACUGUCUCGAGACCAAAGGGGAGGUCAAGAAAUGGAACCACCUAAUCCUGUUCAGUUAAUUUUAGGUUGUAAAGAGUGGAUGGAUGUGUUGCGAAAACUUGCUACACUCUUGAACUCUUACAAUUCAGAUGAAAUGCGAAAAUUGAGUUUAGAUUUACUUGCUCAAAUGGCAAUCUUAAUUCCUAAUGAAGUCACACAAGUUGUAGGUCCACUUCUCCUUCAUUGCCACUCAGCAGUGCAAGAAAAUCACAAUCCUGUCCCAAUGGGGCCCUUUUUUCCUCGAAGUGGUGGCAAACAGGCAACGUUAGUAAUGAAGGCAUCCUCUAGACCAGUGAGGCCAAUGGUGCAGAUGUCUGUGCCACAUAACCAGCUGGAACCGGCAAGGGGAGUGGACCCGGUCUAUGACCAAGCCUUAGAGGACUAUUUUGGACCAUAUCACAAUUUUCUUGACACGUUGUGUCGAAUAGCUAUAGCAACAGGCUAUAUGACUGAUCAACUAGUGGUUCUGAGUGCCAUGGUGGGUUUUGAAGCAGUUCCACUGCACUUCACUCGCUUUCCAAAAUUGUGGCUGGAUAUUUUCCAUUCUCAGCACAUAGAUAGAAAAUAUAUUGUAAAGCUUGUCAACUCCAAUUACUUUGUCGACUAUGUUGAAGCUGUACUUUUAGAUGAACGUAGCUCACUCAACAUCCCUGUUAUCUAUAACUUUUUAUCUACAUAUUUUCCCAAGGUUUGCAAGCAAGUGUUGACGGAUCAGACACUUCGAGUUCUUCAAAGCAUUCCAGGCCAGUUGUCGGAAUUGGUGGGCAAUAUGGAUGUUAUAUCUGAUGCAGCUAGAUUGAAUGGCGACCUUCGUGCAUUGUUGCUGGUGCAGCGAGCUGUUCCCCCACAACCAAAUGCAAGCACUUCUCAGGCGGUUCCCCUCUCUACAACGCUUUCUCUUUUGCUGAAGAAAAUUCUGACUGCAAGGAGCAAUCAUCUUUCUGAUGACAACAGGCCUUCGGAUCCUCCACCUAAAAGAAGAAAGAUCAGCAGUGGAGAAGAGCCAUCUGCAAAAUUGGAGGGUUCCCAAAAUGAUGUUGGUGCAGAAUCUGCGCCCGAUAAGGAACUAACAACAAGCUGUCAAAAUGACUGCAGCAGCAACAGCGACAAAGAGUCCACAGAGCCGGUAGACAAAGGAAAGGCUGUCUCGGGGGACAAACAGAUCGCUGGCACCACCGCCAAGGACAGCGACGGCCUUAGCGGCCCUGCAAGCAACGCCGAGGAGAACGGCGGCUCGGGCGGCACUCUCGCCAAAGAGAGCGUCACACCGAGCGACAAAGCGAACGCCGGAGCCACGGACAAGGAGAACGCCGGAGCCGGCCCGAGCGAGAAAGAGAAAGAGAACGAAAACGCAGCAAGAGGAGCCAGCCCUGUCGCGGGCGCCACCGCCAGUAGCCCCGUCGGCCCUUCCGCUGGCUCUACUAGUGGCUCCUCCGUUGGUCUCACAACUGGCUGCAACGUUGCCACGAACGUCAGUAGCUGUGGUCCCAGUUGUAAUGCCGGUAACGGUCCUAACGGCUCCUGCAGUGGACCUAACAGCGGUCCUGUCGGUGGUCCAUGCAAUGGCCUGGAAGGGUUGAAGGACAAGUCACCAUUGUUUUGGCUGGAUCAACUUGAAAAGACUGUGCGGGAUAUUCUAGACAUGUUGGAAGUAAAAAGUUGAGUCUUGUCUUGUACGAAAGUUGCUGGUCUUUAGAGGCUUCUAUGUGUUCUAUAAUUUAACAAACACCGAUAGCUAAUACUGGUGUGAAACAAGGAAAGACCUUUAAGUCACUGUGAGUGUUUUGUUUUAAUUGUCAUUUUCAUUACCAUUCUAGUUAUUGUUGCUCGUUAAAUUUGUUUCAAUCCUUUGUUCAUAAUUUGUAACUUGCUGUUCUCAUACAAACUAUAUUUGUGUCUGCUUUGUAAAUAGCCCUCUGUAAGAAAGAACACAAUGUAAAAAAGGGUCACUAGGAAAGUUGUGAUGUAACUGUUAGUUUAGUGCAGUUCAGAGUAAGUGGUUUUCAUUUGUUAAAGAGAUUUUGUAGAACAUAAAGAGUAAAUGAGUUUUGAUGUUUAUGUCUCAAGCCUCAGUUUAUAUUGUUUCCUUUCAAAGCAAUUACUGAGGCUUGGGUACUUUCUUGCUGUGACAUAUUAUCCCAUGUUCUUAAAAGAAAACCGCUAGGUGCUUGCAUUACUGGAGGAUUUCUUAAAUGUUCCUCAAUGUGUUGUUGGAAAAACUAAGGUGACAUUUGUGUGUAAUUGAAUAACUUGUUAUUUGUCUUUACAAGAAUCUAACUUCUAUAUUUUGAUGUUGGUUUCUCACAUCUAUCAAACCAAAGAACUUGGAAAGUGCUAAAACGUUGUUGUUUUUUGUUUUUCUUUCCUGCUGUCAGUCUGAACAAGUGUGCUCACCAGACUUUCCAGGGUCCCAUCUUGUAUUUGUGGCAGUAUUUCUGCCGAGAUUCAACUUGUGACAAGUUUACUGAGUUUUUGCUUCAAGCAUAGGAAACACCAUGCACCUUAUUUUUCUCUUUUGUUGUAUCUUCGUGUGUGUGUAUGUUUAUAAAAUGAACUCUCUCAUUGGGAUACUUCUGUACUCAUGUUGUGAAUUUCUCUUGUGGUGAUGCUCAAAUGUUGUCAUUUCAUGAAGUGUUCAAAGAUCCAAUGAGAAGUGCAUUUAGUGCAUCUCUAGCAUUCAUUGACACUCUGUUUCCUUGUCUUGUUGUUGUGUUUUUAAUUGUGAUCUGAAACAUUGAUUCUGUUUUAACUUGUAAACGGCAAUUUUCAUCCCCUUCUGAAUCAAGUUUGGCUUUGUGUAUUUCUGUCUUAGUUGCCUUAUAUUUAAAAAGAGAAUGGUAGCACUUUCAUUAAAAAGGCUUGUGAAAUGAGGCUGAAACUGAACCAAGCCUACCUAGUUUGCCUCUCUUGUGGAAAUGUUAUGAUGCAUCUUAAGUGUAAGGUAAUUUCUGCGUUUACUACAAAUUUUACAUCUUCAUUAUGCCUUGAGGGGCUUAUCAAAUUCAUAAUUAUGAUAUCUAACUUACCUCUAAUAUUGUUUGUUCAGUGGACUUAAAGUCAAGUGUUUGUGAUUGAAUUUAGAGUUUGCUGCAGAUUGUGUAUACAGCAUACCUGGUUUCUAUCUAUAUUUAAUUUAAUAUUGUAUAUUGGAAAACAAAACAUUACCUGGUGUCCUGUAUAAACCAUCUACAGACCUCUGUGAUGAAUUUCAAAGUCUAUUUUAUUGGAUUAGUUUUAUAAAAUUGUGUACAUAUCAUUUAACUUGGGAAAAAACUUGGAAUGUUAACUUGUUUGUAUUCUUUACGUUUGCAUGUAUGAAUGGCAAGCAUAACUUGUUAAACAUAGGUAGACCUUCUUUUCUUUGGUGCUUUGUAGUAUGUAGGUGGACACAUGAACUUUGUCCCACAAUUAUCUUGUCUCUCAAACUUCUCAUAUCACAAAUCAAGUUAGAGUGAGGGAAGAAUUUAUUAUUUUCAGUGACAUAAAGUUGACAUGGGGUUUAAAUGUGGUUCUUCGUGACGCGAGUGUGUUUCUUGCCACUUUAAACUGAAUUGAGUACUAACUUUGGUUUUACUAUGGUUUCUUUUUUUUAGUACUUGCCAUGGGUUUGCCAUGGUUUAUCCUUCUUUUAAAAUAGUAAUUAUGGAUUUUUGACUGCUUUGGUCCAAGCGCUUGUUUCUCAUUACUAAUGAGACUGUUGCAUCCUGAUAUGAAGUGUCUACUUGGUGCUGAUUCAGAUUUCCUUGUCAUGGUUUAACUUAAUAGGCAACAUUUUAUCUUUGAAUCUUCACCUCGUCAUUCAUUAUCAUUCAUACAUUGUACUUGUACAGCCUUAUUCCAAUGAAGCAACUUUGGUGGUUUCCAACUUACUUUUAAAACUUGUAAUUUCUUGAUUUUCAAAUUUCACUGUAGAUUAGGGGUUGCAUCUUACGUGCCAAAUCUCAAUUACUGUGGAGUCUCAGAUUUCAGAUGUGCAUACAUAGGUUGCCGAAUAAGUACAUUUCUGUAACCUGCAUUCAAACUAACUUUGAGCAUCCAUUUAUUGUGAUUUCAUUAACAUUUUUAUUUCCUGUGAUUCUCUAGUUUCCUAUCCAAUAGUUUAUUCUGAAAAAGGUGAAGCCUUGGCGAUAAAAGAAGGACUUCUUACUUAGUUAUUUUUCUCUUUGUGUGUCUACCAUCUAUACUAUAUGUCUGAAAGUAAAUCUAACCUAUGACACACUAAAGUUCCCUUCUCUUUAUUGAUGAUUGGCUGAUAUGUGUGGGUUGUGAUGAGGAACAUGCCUGUCGAUGUUUUGAGGUUCUGAGAUUUUGUAUGUCAGGCUUCAUCUCAUAUUAUGUUUAUGUGUAUAUGUAUCACAUUAAAUUAUACUGUUAUAAAUUAUGCUUGGCUUCAAUUACGUGUAUGUGCCAUGGUAUCUGAACUAUUGGGGCCACACAUGUGUGCAUUCCAAACUUUUUCUAUUAUUGUCCUUUUGAAUAGUGGUAGUAAAUUCUUUUUUUUUUUUGUGUGUUUUGUAUGUGUAAAUAGAUGAUUAUUCUUAACUGUAUUGCAUUUCCCCAUUUGAUAUGUCCCUCUGUGAUACCCUGCCUAAAUCGAAAUGGUGGAUUGGAAUUAAUUAGAUUUUGUAAAGUAGAUUUUGUGUUAAUAAACCUCGUUUUACAAUUAACGUAACUACAUUAAAUAGGGAAGGACGCAUCUUAGUAGUGUCAGAAAAUCAAUUAUAAUAGGUUAAUAGUGUCAAUUUGCUGUAAUGUGUGCAUUUAAACUGAAAAGCUAUUGUAAAUAUGAUAAAAUGGGAUCUCAAAGUGUCCCAAAUAAAGAAGCUUUUUCUUUAA